GAAUAUGUUCAUGUCCUACCACCCUACCAGGUUUGCUAACACUCGACUCUAUUCCAGAUGAGCUGAUGCACAGCGCGGCGAUGGGGGGCGGAGCCCUAUUCGGGUGCUCCUCAGCCGGGCACAGUGGGAUUAACCAGCUUGGUGGGGUCUACGUCAACGGCAGGCCGCUGCCGGACUCUACACGACAGAAGAUCGUGGAGCUGGCGCACUCGGGCGCGCGGCCCUGCGACAUCAGCCGCAUCCUGCAGGUCUCCAACGGCUGCGUCUCCAAGAUACUCGGCAGAUAUUACGAGACGGGGUCGAUAAAACCACGAGCGAUCGGAGGGUCAAAGCCGAGAGUUGCCACCACACCGGUUGUCCAGAAGAUAGCCGACUACAAGAGGGAGUGCCCUUCAAUCUUCGCGUGGGAGAUCCGGGAUCGUCUGCUUAGCGAGAACGUGUGCAAUAACGACAACAUACCUAGUGUGAGUAUUUUUAUGUAUUAUUCGUUGAAUGAUGUUAAUGCGAAGAUUUUGUUUGUAGAAGAUUGA